AUGGCUUCGCGACCUCCAGCAAGUGAAAAUCUCCCUGUUUAUAAAUUAGUCGUCGUGGGUGAUGGUGGCGUUGGAAAAAGUGCCAUCACAAUUCAAUUCUUUCAGAAACUCUUUGUCACUGAUUAUGAUCCAACAAUUGAAGACAGUUACAUCCAACAUACGGAAGUUGAUGGAAUUUGGUGUGUUUUGGACGUUCUGGAUACGGCUGGGCAAGAAGAGUUCAGUGCUAUGAGAGAGCAAUACAUGAGGAAAGGAGAUGGAUUCCUUCUUGUAUAUUCUGUAACAGAUGUACAGAGUUAUGAGAACAUUGUUAACUUCCACACUCAGAUUCUGCGUGUGAAAGACAGGGAUGUAUACCCAAUGUUGCUGGUGGCAAACAAGGUGGAUUUAGUUCAUUUACGGAAGGUCACCGAGGAAAGUGGGCGAGAUCUGGCUCUCAGACUUGGGAUUCCAUACAUAGAGACAAGUGCUAAGGACCCUCCUCUAAAUGUAGAUGCUGCAUUUCAUGAGGUGGUGAGGACCAUACGGAAUCAGCCACCUGCUGAGCAAGUUAAAUACCGCAGACGUCGCCCCAAUAAGUGUGUUGUGAUGUGAGCACCAGAGUUUAUCCACAUGAUGUGGCUGAUUUCGGUUUCUUACUUGCUUUUCAAGUGGAGGAUAAAACCACCAGUAUUUUGCAACAUGGUUGCCAUAAAGUAACUCAAUUAUAUUCUACUUCUCACAUGUGGAACUCUGUUCUUAACAGCAAACGAGUCAAUGAAAAAGCUUAUGUAUCACUUUGUGAGAAAAUUAUCAUCUCAGGUUCUUAAUUCACUGCUUUCAUUAAUACUGAUAAUCACAACAAAGCAGGCAAUGUGAUUGAUUGUUUACAUCUCUUAAAGCUGUUACUGGAUCACUUAAUUAUCUGUUUCAAGAAAGUGUGAUGACAUGUACAGCACUGCCAUAACUUUCAAUGCAUUUUAUCAGGGAUAUUAAUUCCUCAUUGUGAUUUUAACAGGAUUCUCCCCACCCCUUACUUAAAAAAGACAAAACAAAAUGGCCCCUAUCAUAGCCCAGUAGUAAAUGGAGUUAGUACUUCAAUAUUACGUACCUACUAUUUAUUAUGAAUUCUGGAGUUGUGAAUUAAUAGAUUAAAGAAUUGUUGGAUGGAUACCUAAAUAUUGUACCUAAAUUAUUAGUCUGUUGAUAGCAGUACACAUUGCCUGGACUGAAUUAAAAAUCUUGUUGGCCAACUUUUUUUUCCAGAUAUGACCAUUUUUGUGUGUCUACCAUUGUGACCUAAAUUUGCAAAGCUUGCUUUUGUGUUGUAUUGUGUAAGAUAACUGUGUGUAGUGAUGUAGGUGGUUGUAAUGUGUGUUGUUUUUUAUUUGUGGUAUUCUACAUUGUGCGAUCUACCAGAUUUGUGGAGGCUACAUGCAGUACUUAUUACAUAUGAUCUGUGUCAUGAUCAGUCAAGGAAACCAAUGUUUUGACGUAGCAAAUAUUUUGAUACCGUUAGUUGAAUUUCUUUUAGAAAAGAAAAUUGAUCAAUGUUAACUGAUUUUUUUCUCAGCAUAAUGGCACUAAUAGCUAUGCAUGUAUUGACUUUUUUAUAAAUACCAAAGGUGCUCGGUGGCCUCUCAUCGGGCAAGACCAGGCUCGGUGGCUGCACGGCUAGUUUCUUGUUCCAAUGACCCAUUGCGUCCAUUGUGAGGCCACCAUUAUUUUACUAUGGUGAGUCAUUAUUUGACUGCUUUUCUCUCUCUUGCCCUCUCCGUGUUUUUUUUUCUCUCUUGUGUUAUCUUGAAACAUUGGACUUCACAUGAGCACAAAUUUUGCGUUGACAUAGUGCUAUUGUCUAUUUACAAACAAGAUAUUGCUACAAUUUACAGAGACUAAUUUUAUUCAUAGAAUUUAAGAAUGAUGUACACAUGUUUCAUCAAAAGGAUGGAUGACCUUGAUAAUGGCCUUAUGGAUUGAUGAAGUUAAAAUGAUGCUUGUAACUUGUCUUGAUUGCCUUGCCGCAGAAGUGGCAAUCAAUGCUCACUUAAUUAGGAAAUGAAAAUUUAUUUUCAUACACUGGAACAUAAUUAAGUCAAUAUUUGUCCAUUUGCCUAACUUUCUUAUGCCUCUAUUGAAUGUGUUAAAUUUGUGUAAGUGAUACAUUUGUGUGGUUAUUGGGUGACCAAUGGGUUCUGAUUUUGCUUACCACUCAAAAGUUCAACACUGAAUGAGGGAUGGGGCGUAGGGGAUGCAUUGUUGUUGGUGUGUUUUGUAUUUUUGAAGUUAAGAAGAAGACAUGAAUUGUUUGUCCUUUAUGAUUGUAUGCAUUUAUUGUGCAUUAGGAAACGCAUUACAUCAAUUGAUUUGUGUCUGCCAAACUGCUGCAAUUAAUUAACUGCAGCAUGUGAAUCUGUACAGUAGCAACAUGGUGUGUCCAAAUAUGAAGCCCCCAUGUCUUUCCGUAAAAUUGAAAUUCAGACUGACUCAAGGGCUGAUACCUGGUCAUGAAAACAAGAGAAGAGCUUGUAUUCAGAUCAUUUCUGACAUUCCCUGAAAAUGGGUGCUGUGGAAUCACUGAAGAGGACGGGAAUGAGAACAGAUGGACCAUACUAAGCUAGUCAGGAACUGUAACCAAGCUAUUGUUUUGGCCAGUUCCAAUCCCUUAUGGACGCCUAGAAUUUUAAAUAGAGAUUUCUGUACAAAAAGAAAAACGUAUAUUUAAAAAAUAAUAGAGCUUUAAUUUAUUUAUUUUUAGUGUCAGCUCGUGGGAAGCAUUUCUGUUUUGCACUGUUACACAAGUCUAGUGUAUAAGGCCUCGUUAAACUCAUUACCAUUUAUCUUCGAUUUUCUUUUGAUUUUCAUCCUGGAAAAUUGUCUUCCUUAUUGUUCUGCAAUUCUUAAAAAUCUUUUCCAUCACCUCCACUUACACUGUUCCUAUUGGUAAAAAUAAAAAAAAAAAAGUUUUCCUGCCCUGAUUUUUUGUGUCACCAGAACAAUCAUCAUAACACCUGUUAAAUUUUCAUUUUUAGCUUUUGCUUGUGAUGCCAUAUCUUUCUGAAUGUUGUAGUUCUUUCCACUUAAAUAGCAAGUUGGCAUUUAUAAAUUGAGUGCGAAGGGUGUUUCAUUGGUUGUGUGUAUCACUAUUUUCCCUCAGUUUUCCUGCAUUCCUGGUUGCUGUUUUGUGAUAAAAGCCAAAAAGGUCGAUUAUUUAUUUUUAUCUAUAACUAUCUUGUGUGUUAUUUGUCACUAUUUUAUAUUCUUAUUUAUUGCCCAUUGUUUUAUAGGCUGUGUUUCUUAGAAAUGGAUUACUGGAGCAACUGUGUUUGUGCUUGUUGUGAGAAUAGAUGGCAUCUCUGCUUGAUUCUUGCCAUUAUGUAUUGGCACCAUAUAAAACUUACACAAGUAGCAUUUGAAAUGCAUAUUUGCCUAUUAAUUAAAACAGGCACAAAGUGGAAGUAUGUAGUGUCUGUGUGAGACAAUAUGUAGCAUGUUACUAAUCACUGUUGGCUCAAGUUGCCUCAUUUCAAGUAACUUACUGUAGUAGUGAAUAAAAAGUAUAGAAAACUGA